UGUCACGAAUAUUGGUCACAGACCAUACAAAACCAACCACAACACGCCACGGCAACAAAACAACAUUAAAGAGUACACGUGUCUCGACCACGUACUACCUUCUUAUCUGUAAUUAAUACAGUUGUCAGUUUAGGUGCUCUCAUUAUUUUAAGUUUUAACCGCAGUGGAAAUGUCGAACUAAGUAAACCACGGUUAAAACUUAACGUGACCAUGGUUAACCCCCACUACCUGGGCAGUUUAUAUAUCAACUGAUGAUCAGCGGAUUGAGCCCAACAAAAACCACACCAGAAAAAAAGGAUGAUGAUCGGAGAGAGAAAUCUCCCUAAUCCAACGGUCCUUGUUCCACCAUGGCUCUCAGAUGAUCCGACGGCUAAUAUUCACUUUGUUUCUAGCCCCGGCGGUAAUGCGAAUUUUAGCGACGAUGUGUCGCAGUUCCUCCAAAACGAUGCCGUUUUACAGGCGCUUCAGCGUUAUCUGCCGUCGAACGACGCCGCGGCGGCGGUGAUGAUGGGAGAGUUUGAGUCCGAUAACGACAAGGACGUUGAGUUUCCGGUGGACGCGUAUGCAUGCGAUAAUUUCCGCAUGUACGAUUUCAAGGUGAGGAAAUGCGCGCGUGGGCGGUCGCAUGACUGGACGGAGUGUCCCUUCGCUCAUCCUGGGGAGAAGGCUCGCCGGAGGGACCCGCGCAAGUACAGAUAUUCCGGCGCGGCGUGUCCGGAUUUCCGGAAGGGGAACUGCCGGAAGGGGGACUUGUGUGAGUUCGCGCACGGCGUGUUUGAGUGCUGGCUCCACCCGGCGCGUUACCGGACACAGCCGUGUAAGGACGGGGUGAACUGCAAGAGAAGGGUGUGUUUCUUCGCCCACUCGCCGGAGCAGCUCCGGGUCCUCAGUCCUCGGGCCGACGGCUACGGUUUCUCCGACGCCUCCUGCGCUAAAACUCUGCAUUUCGUUCCCUCGUCGUCGCCGGAGUCGGGCUCGCCGCCUUCCGAGUCGCCGCCGAUGUCCCCGAUGAACUCGAUGGUGGCUUCUCUGCGGCAGCUGCAGCUGAACAAGGUGAAAUCCAUGCCGGCGUCUUCUUGGAGCGUGCAUAUGCUCGGGUCCCCACGGCUGACCCGAUCCGCCGGGUUCUGCAGCUUACCCACAACGCCGACCCGAUCUCUCAGCAGACCCGGAGUGUGCAACUUCGAUCUGUGCGAGGAAGAAGAAGAAGAAGAAGUUCCCAUGGAGAGGGUGGAGUCAGGAAGAGAUUUAAGGGCGAAAAUGCUUGAGAAGUUGAGCAAGGAGAAUCCAUUGGAUGCAGUAGAAGCGGGUUCAAACCCGACCCAUAACCCGUCCUAUGCCCCAAGCCCGGAUCUCGGAUGGGUCUCGGACCUGAUCCAGUAAAUCAUCAACUUUGACGAUCUGACUCAUUUAUUUAUGAUAUGAUUCUGGCUGGGGAGUAAGUGAUUUUUGCUCUUUUUUUCUACCCUCACUAUAUGUAAAUAUUAUUAUAAAUUUGGGGAAAAUGGGUUGAAUCCAGGAAAACAAGCUAAAAAAAAAAAGAGAAAUUUUGUAAAUAUAAUUAAGUAGUAGGAUAAGAUAAUCGAGGAUGAAAGCUUAAAUUCACUUCUUCUGUGGAUUUUCAUUUAAAAUAGUAAUAAUAAUUAGGAAGUGGUAGCAGAAGACUGGGAUUUCAUGUUCCUUUUUUGGCAAUUUCAAGGUUGUCUCUAUUAUUAUUAUUAUUAUUAUUAUUAUUAUUAUUAUUAUUACAGUGGAGGAGUAGUACUGAAGACUAUUCUAGAUAUGUGAUCUUUUUUGUCGAUGUAAUUCAUGUAAAUAUAUAUGCCACUGGGGUUAUAUAUUGAAUGAUGUGUUAUUUAUUUUCCAGUA